UUUGCCAGUGAUUGCCUUAUUUGCUGUGGAUUAUAUAUUCUAUUUUUUAUUUUUUUGUUUAUUCACAAACAUUUGUGAAAACUAACUAUCUUUGUGCUUUUCAUGCUUCACAGUAUAAGAGCAGGCCACGCGGACACAAAACUUAGCCAUGAUUCCUUACAGAACUACCUUGUGCAACUUUUUGCUUAAGUUUUAACAAAAAUGCUCCUCACAAUGUGGCAGCAAUUUUGCAGUUGAACAAAGACUUUAAAGGAUUGUUUACACCAUUCCAUCUGCUUUGGGCCCAAUUAAUCUGUAUUUACACUAAAACAAACACACAAUCUACCAGAGAAAUUAUUAACUAUUUCAUACAACUCAUUUAACAACAGAAUCCUGAUCUAUCCCUUUAAGAGCUGACUCUAGCACUGAAAUGGGGGGGAGGAGGACAGAAGGCAGAGAGGGUAGGUUGGGGGAGGUUUGUGUGCCUUUGUCUAUUCCUUGCCGCCCAGCGGUAAAAUGCAAUGACCGCCCCUGUUCACUUGACCUGUCAAAUUCACUGUGGGCUCGGAUACAAAUGCCGUCCAGUACGCAUGCGCCGUGCGCAGUAUUCCGCGCCUUCUGCAGGAGCGGUAUGAGCUCCAGGGCUCGGUGAUCUUCCUCCUGGCACAGCAUCACGUUUGCUCAGUCCCGAGCCCAGCUGCCACAGUCGCGGUGCUUCCCCAGAGAGACCAGGCUUCGCAUGGCUAGAUGUCUGCCGAUCCCAUUGCUCCUCUCCCUCGCUGCCUUUGUGGUUGUUUUUCGACAGAAAACUCUCCUUUCCGAGUAGCUGGACUCCCAAGAGCUUGACCAGAAGACCACACUUUGCAUUGUGACGUUUCACCGCCACAAUGCUGGGGUUGCAGGGAAAUUCUUCAACGCCCAAAGUGUAUCGCUGCAUGGCAUGUUCAGACACCUUCAAUGGAUUAGCCUCCCUACUGGUACAUCAGGCUACUCAUGCGACUACCGAGCCCAAGAGCUCUACCCCCCCUCCAGCACGGCCUAACAACAGUCUGGUGGAAAGCCAGGUUACGAAUGAUGUCCCAGCUACAGAAAAGCCUGCUUCAUUGGCUCAGCUGCCUGACAGCCCUGCAAAUUCUUUCUACAUUUGUGAUUGUGGGGACGAAUUUCUAGACUUCCAUCUCAUGCUGGAGCAUAAACGGUCACAUGUCCGUCAGCGACAGCAGCCUGUGGAGGAUAAUGUUUCUCUGCCUGGUGGAACAGAGAAUAAUCAUGUCUUUUCAGCCCAACAGACAUCAUUCGCCUCCGUUCUAGAGGCAGGUUUAGACCUCAGCUCCCCCUCCACCUCCAAGUCCUCAGGCUCUGAGGUACCCACAUCAAAUGCACUUUCAAGAGAUGUGGCCUUGGAAGACAGCGUUGCCAUGGUAACCCCUCCUCAUGGCCAGCACACACCCCCUCAAGAUGUCAGUGUGAAACCAAUUGAGGGCAUGUCUACCACAGGAGAGCCUUUGCCAGAGAGCACAGAAGACAUGGAUUUGGAGGAGAACACCAAUUCUGUCUCGCUCUCUGAUCAGCUGGAAAAUGUGCAAAAAAACAACAUCCUCAUGAAGCUGCUGGCUUCUGCGUAUCAGAACCGCUUGCCGUCUUCCGAUUCUGAGAAUGAAAGCAAACACAACGUCAUCCCAAAGCAAGAAGACAUUCCUAUCGAUAUAAGCCCAGAAGCUAAAGCCGAACCGUCUCAGAACAACGAUCUCUCCAUUGUCCAGAUGAGGCGACUGCUUGUUAAGCCUGGAAUAAAGACAAAGGCCCCACCCAUCAGCAAGGUUCUGGCUGCAAGUAGGAAGAGAGUCGUCUCUCUUACUAAGACUAUGUCUCCUGUUGUGGUUCUGGAGACCCGCCAAAAGCUCAUGGAUCCAACUUUAAAAGGGCUUUAUGGAAGAUAUCAAUGCGGCCGCUGUCGUAAGGUCUUUCCAAACUUGGACAGAUUGACAGAGCAUCAUUUUUUGCACAAAAAAGAAAGGAUUAAAUGUUGCCGCCGUUGCAAACAGCUCAUUAUUGGACGGCUGCCGUUUUCUGACAAUCACGUCUGCAUUCAGAUGAGAAACAACUGGCCAGCAAAGAAUCUUCAAAACAAAUCGCCCUUUGGCUCCAAAAUUGUGCCGUUUCAUAGUCUGAGCAAUGCCAAAAAGGUUUACUUCUGUCCAUUGUGCAAAAACAGCUAUGCUCGAAGGUGGAACCUUAAAACACACAGGUGUCACGGUGCUGGGUCGGGCUUCCAGGGUGAGGUGAAUACUUCAUUUAAGAGAAUGUCGACGCUGAGAUCAAAACUUGGUGCCCAGACGGCAAGAGUCGAGGAUGCAAAUGAAGGAUUUAAGACAGCCUCUGUGGGAACUGACACUGGUGCUCACAUCAAAGUUGAGGGGACUUCUCAAGAUUCAGAGCUGUCUGCAAUUUCACAGUUGGCUUGGAUGCCUCCUGCAAAAACUUUCACCCCAUUUUCCUUAAAAGCCUCCAUGAUCGAUUCACUUCAGGACCCUUCACUGGCUUCCCUCGAGGAAGAAGAUGAAAACUGGAAAAUGGCGGAGAAUAACGGGGAAAACGGCAAUGAGGGGCAGUGGACAAUCCCCUUAGACGAUGAGAUUCAGGUAUUCAGUUCCACCAACAAACUUGGCAACGACAGACACCUGACUCAGUCUGGAUCUGUCGAACACACAGAGAUACCUCCUCAUGCGCUGCCCUACUUUGUCAGAGAAGGAGUAAGGCGUUACCCUUGUAGCAGGUGUCACAAAACCUACAGUAAAGCGUCGACUUUGAGACGCCACCUGCUACUGUGUGGAGUCAGGCCACCUGGGUUUGGGACUGUAGCUCAGAGUCAGCCUCACCGUGCCACACCUCUAAACACCACUAACAUGAAACCGAUGUUUUCCUGCUUUGUCUGUGGGAGGGCCUUCAACCGCAAAGACAACAUGAUGACCCAUAGGAAGAGAUGUCAGCUGAAGCGAACAAUGUCUGGUCUAGACGGAGGGACCAUGGUGCAGGGCUUGCAAGGCGACACGCCAGCUGAUGGUCAGAUAGAGGAGGAGAACAGUGCCGGAAACUGGGGCAUCAUGUCUCUGCCAUCUGUGCUCCCAAGAAGGGUGACGUGCGAGUGUGGGGUGGGAUUUACAUCCCCGAGGCUUCUCCUGGAGCAUCUACAGAAGCACGCACAAGAGUCUUACACAUGCCCAACCUGCGGAGAGACUGUUAAUUCCUGGGCUGACUAUGAAGUUCACCUGCAAAUCCACAUGCAUCCUCAGCACAAGCUGGCAAAGGGACACCGAUCACAGCCUCUUUUACUGAGACUGCAGCAGCCACAGGCCACCCAGUCAGUUCUUCCACCACCACAGAAACCGCCACGCUCAGAGCCAUCCCAACACCUACACCUGCUCUCCGUGAAAAAGGGGCAGCGGAUUGUGUGCACCCGGUGCGGGAAUAGUUUUGCCACCCGCUGUUCCCUUCGUAGGCACAUAUCCUGGAAUCGCUGCAAAGGCAUGCGGGCUGUGAACCCCCCGACAAAUCCACCCAAAACCUUCCACUGUUCUCACUGCAACUCUGACUUCCCCAACAGCAUCAGCCUCGUGUUCCACCAGAGGAACGGAGCAUGCAAACCUGCCAUCAAGCCCGUCCGCUGCCCUGUUUGUCUUCGCUGGUUCGGCACUAUGGACAGUCUGCAGAAACACCUGGUCACUCACAAGCAGUCCGACUCGUUCCGCUGCGACGUGUGUCAGGGAACGUACCGGAGCCUCAAGUCGCUCAAGAAUCACCGCAGAAGGAUUCAUCGCAUUCUAAUCGGACACCCAAAGUCAACAACGGUAGAUGCGCUGACUGCCAAAUGCCAUCUGGAUUUAACUGACUGAAGGUCUCUCAUGAAAAUUGUAUGUAUAAAACCAGAGUCCAUUUUUAUUAUUUUUUAUUCCUUUCAUAAUUUCAGAUAAUUUUCACUUUGCAGAGCCUAAGGGACUGGGGGGCAAAUUCAUAAGCUGUUUUAGAAAAACUUUAGAAGUUUUUUUAGCGUGCCGCUGCUUAUAAAUUAGCUUUGUCACAGUGUACAUUUUAGGUUUGAAUUUAAUCCCUGCCAUUCAUUAGCCUUUUGAGUCUGUAAAUUAUUCCAUAACUACUUAAUAAUCAAAAUUCGUUUACAUGUUUGGUGAUGUAGCUUCUUGUUCUUGAUGUUAGUAAACAUACAAGGGUGUGCAACGUCUUGAGUCUAUUUUGUUUUAGUUCUGAUACAUUGAUUUAAGGUAAAAAAAAAAAAAAAAAAGUUUAUCAAAUUUUUUUUUGAUAUUUCUAAAAUGUAAGUUAAAUCCAUAAAAUUUGACAUGACUUAAUAUGUACUUCUUGGCACACUACAGCAAUUAAUAGAAUCUUCACACUUAAACUCAGUAUAACCCACGUAGGGUAACGGGUCUUAAGUGUAAAUUUGCAUUUCAAGUCAUGUAUUUUGAUUUUGAUUUUUUUUUUUUUUUUUUUUUUCCCCUCAAGGUUUGUAUCCUUGAACUGUGUGGAGCGGUAAUAAAGAUACAUCAGAAAAGA